GCACCAACUCGCAACUCCUCGUCAGAAAGCUUCAUCCCAGCCCAGCGGACUGAGUAGCGGGGGCGGCGCUCAGCCUCCCCGCAGCAGCCCCGGAUUCGGCUGCCCUCAGCUCCCGCUGCCCUUCCCCUAGGCAGCCUGGAUCCCCGCGGCGGCGGCGGGUCCCUCGCAGAGCCGAACGCCAGCCGCCUUUUCCCACCCCUCCCCUCUCUUCCUCUCCCCUCCCCUCCCCUCCUCCCUUCCCGUUUCACCCCGCCCCCUUCCUCCUCCCCAAGCCUGACAGCCCACGAGCUGCCAAGCAGGGCGCAGCCAUGGGAAGAGGAGGCGGUCUAGGGAGCGGCGGCACUGGCAGAGGCGGCUGCUACAGCGGCGGUGGCGGCGACGGCUGCUGUUGAAUCCCGGCAGCCGUGGGGACCCCGGGCUGGGUCCACGCGGGCCUGAGGCCUCGGCUCCAGCAGCCCCCAAGCGGACACGAACCCGCGCUCUGUCUCCCGAGGCGAAACUCCGAGGUCUCAGGUAUGGAUCUUUGUCAGGUCUUCUUAACCUUGGCACUGGCAGUCUCCAGCAGCACGUUUUCUGGAAGUGAGGCUACACCAGCUACUCUUGGCAAAGCUUCCCAAGUUCUGCAAAGAAUUAAUCCAAGCCUGGGGACAAGUUCUUCUGGAAAACCUCGAUUUACCAAGUGCCGUUCCCCUGAACUGGAGACAUUUUCAUGCUACUGGACAGAAGGAGAUAAUCCUGAUUUAAAGACCCCAGGAUCUAUUCAGCUGUACUAUGCUAAAAGGGAAAGCCAACGACAAGCUGCAAGAAUUGCUCAUGAAUGGACCCAGGAAUGGAAAGAAUGCCCUGAUUAUGUCUCUGCUGGAAAAAACAGCUGUUACUUCAACUCAUCAUAUACCUCCAUUUGGAUACCCUACUGCAUCAAGCUAACUAAAAAUGGUGAUUUGCUGGACCAAAAAUGUUUUACUGUUGACGAAAUAGUGCAACCUGAUCCACCCAUUGGCCUCAACUGGACUUUACUAAACAUUAGUUUGACUGGGAUUCGUGGAGAUAUCCAAGUGAGUUGGCAACCACCACCCAAUGCAGAUGUUCUGAAGGGAUGGAUAAUUCUGGAGUAUGAAAUUCAGUACAAAGAAGUAAAUGAAUCAAAAUGGAAAGUGAUGGGCCCUAUAUGGUUAACAUACUGUCCAGUGUACUCAUUGAGAAUGGAUAAAGAACAUGAAGUGCGGGUGAGAUCCAGACAACGGAGCUUUGAAAAGUACAGCGAGUUCAGCGAAGUUCUCCGUGUAAUAUUUCCUCAGACGAACAUACUGGAAGCAUGUGAAGAAGAUAUCCAGUUUCCAUGGUUCUUAAUUAUUAUCUUUGGAAUAUUUGGAGUAGCAGUGAUGCUAUUUGUAGUUAUAUUUUCAAAGCAACAAAGGAUUAAGAUGCUGAUUUUACCCCCAGUCCCAGUUCCAAAGAUUAAAGGGAUUGAUCCAGAUCUUCUCAAGGAAGGGAAGUUGGAGGAGGUGAACACCAUCUUAGGCAUUCAUGAUAACUACAAACCCGACUUCUACAAUGAUGAUUCCUGGGUGGAGUUCAUUGAGCUAGAUCUUGAUGAUGCAGAUGUGGAUGAGAAGACUGAAGGGUCCGACACAGACAGACUUCUAAGCGAUGACCAUGAGAAAUCAGCUGGUAUCCUUGGAGCAAAAGAUGAUGAUUCUGGGCGUACCAGCUGUUACGACCCUGACAUUUUGGAUACUGAUUUCCAUACCAGUGAUAUGUGUGAUGGUACCUUGAAGUUUGCUCAGUCACAGAAGUUAAACACGGAAGCUGAUCUCUUGUGCCUUGACCAGAAGAAUCUGAAGAACUUGCCUUAUGAUGCUUCCCUUGGCUCUCUGCAUCCCUCCAUUACCCAGACAGUAGAAGACAAGCCACAGCCACUUUUGAGCAGUGAAACUGAGUCAACCCACCAACUUGCCUCUACACUGAUGAGUAAUCCCACAUCUCUGGCAAACAUUGACUUUUAUGCCCAAGUAAGCGACAUUACACCAGCAGGUGGUGUAGUCCUUUCCCCAGGCCAAAAGAUUAAGGCAGGGAUAGCCCAAGGCAAUACCCAGCCGGAGGUGGCCACGCUCUGCCAAGAAAAUUACAGCAUGAACAGUGCCUACUUUUGUGAGUCAGAUGCCAAAAAGUGCAUCGCUGUGGCCCCUCACAUGGAAGCCACAUCUUGUAUAAAACCAAGCUUUAACCAAGAGGACAUUUACAUCACCACAGAAAGCCUUACCACUACUGCCCGGAUGUCUGAGACAGCAGAUACUGCUCCAGAUGCUGAGAUGUCUGUCCCAGACUACACCACGGUUCACACCGUGCAGUCUCCAAGGGGCCUUAUACUCAAUGCGACUGCGUUGCCUUUGCCUGACAAAAAGAAUUUUCCCUCCUCGUGUGGCUAUGUGAGCACAGACCAACUGAACAAAAUCAUGCAGUAGCCUUUCCUAUCUUUAAUGGCAAGGAAAAGGCUGGACACGAACGCUUAAACCAAAACUAUGUUUUAAAUCUGUGUUGGGAGAGCAUGAGAGUGGAUAUGGAUUCUAAAAUACUUUCUUUGGAAAUGUCAAAAUAUCAUAAAGUGGAAAAUCAAGAAUUCGUAAUCAGAUAAAUGCUCCCAUUGUGAAUUAUAAAUAUUUUAAUGAAUUGUCUUUAAGAUUGUAUAGUGGCAGUGAUUGUCUGUACUGUGGGUCUUAAUUUUGUGAUACUAAGCAUUAAAUAGCUACAUUUUUCAUGUAUGUAGAUCAUGCUUUUUGAAAAAGCAAAACAAUCAGGUGGCUUUUGCAGUUCAGGAAAUUGAAUGCAGAUUAUAGCACAGGCUGAUUUUUUUUUCUUUUUUAAAUAACUGGGAACUAAAACUCUAGGUGAGAAGGUAAAACUAGUUUGGAUAUGCAAAACAUUUAUUUUGACAUGAAAUUGAUAAAGAUAUUUUUAAUAAUUUACACUUUAAGCAUGAGUACUUUAUAAUAUGCUACACAUAUGUUGUAGUUCACAGCAAUCCAUCUAAGGAUGUAGCAGCUACAAUGUAAAGGGGGUUUAAUGUUUUGGUCAAUGAACCUAAAGAAAACUAAACAAGUUAGAUUUUUACAAAGCCCUUUUAUAACUUCCAAAACUUCUUAACUCUAAAAAUGUCUAAUAACCUGCAUUAUUAGAACAAACCCAUUUUAAAUUUGUAAACGAAUAUUUUUUCAUUUUGAAAACUUUAUUUUUUUUAAUGUUGGAUCAACGUAUCAUACACCAAACAGUAAACAGAAAUUAUAAUAAUGGAAGAAGUGCUUUCUUCAACAAAUUUCUGUUCAAGCCACACGGCUACAUGUAAGAGAAGUAGAAGUGAUGUGGUGUGAUUGGCUAGGAUGCAGAAGAGCUUCAGGAACACAAGAAGUGAGAGCCCGAGGAUUGGGAGGAGGGGGGGCUCUCACAUCUCCACAGUGCAGUCUGUCAAACCCAGCUUGGUUUUUAUAGUAACCUAAGAAUUAGUGUGUACAAGGAAAAGUCUCACAUGUGUGAAAUCCAGUAUCCAGAUGGGGUAAAGUCAGCAGAUAAUAGGAUAGGAAAUUAAAGACCUAGAUCUUUGUUUCACAGACAGACACAAACUUUUAAUUCAGGGAGAAGGGACAGAAUAAAUGACUUCCCACUCACAAAGCACAACUCGGAAGUAAUUAAACAGGUAACAGAAAGCUCACCAUCAAACCUUUGCUAAGAUGAAUUUUAAGUGGUAAGCAGUAUUCCUAUGUUUCUUACUUACCUCCCAGGACAACCGAUCUCAAAUUAGGUAGAAAAACAUACAAUAUAAAAAUCGCUUUUUCAUUCUGUAAUAACAUAAACAUAUUUCUUUGGGUUAGCACCCCCCCAAAAGAAUUUAUGGGAGAAAGAGGACUCUCAGCUGACUGAAGAAUACAUCUCAUUUAAGUAUUUUUUAGAUGCCUGAAACUUUACAAUUACCUUUAAGUUUUAAUGGUAUUUACCACUUUGCCAAGACCUUUGUGGGGAAGCAAGCUUAAUGUUUAGUGAUUUUGAAAUCUCUCUCAUGCAGGAGAGACAGUGAAAAGCCAGCCUUGAGUGUUUAAGGUUGGUUUGCCUUGUUACUUUGUAAUAGAUUUUAAUAGGUUUUUCUGCUACCUUGCUGCUAUGGUUUCUCCAAUGGCUACAUGAUUUAGUUCAUAUGAAGUAUCAUCAACUUAGAAUCUAUUCAGCUUAAAGAUGUGUGUUUUGAUGAACUAUAUUACCAUUUCACCAUAGGCUGACCACGUUUCUAUAGCCAAAAAUAGCUAAAUACCUCAAUCAGUCCCAGAAUGUCAUUUUUUGGUACUUUGCUGGCCACACAAGCCGUUAUUCACCGUUUAACUAGUUGUGUUCUGCAGUCUAUAUUUAACUUUCUUUUAUGUCUGUGGAUUUUUCCCUUCAAAGUUCAAUAAAUUUAUUUUCUUGGA